GCAGACAGAGCAGGAGGAGGUGAGACAAGGAGGAGCUCCAGCUCCACAGGACCGUCCGCGUAAACAGGAGGCAGCUCCUGCGCUUGGAUUAUACCGGGUAGUGAAGUGUCACCGCUCAUGACAGCGGAGGCGCACCUCUCUUUGCUGCUCUCCACCACGCACCACAGCUCAUCCUAAUAUUACUCAUCUUACAAUAAGAAAUAUACAGCUAAAUCUGGUGCGCAAAACUGCAACAGUAGUGGGGCUUAUGUGAUUUUUAAUUGUUUUUUUUUCUCCCCUGGAUAAAAUCAAAUAAAACUAUUUUUUUUCAUCACUGCUUAAAAUAGUAGCGCAGAAUCUGAGAGCCGUCGGUGGAAGGACUUCUCCUUACGCAUCUGUGAUUCUCUCCCUGGAGCCGCAUCCUCUGAAAUCUAGAUUUACCUGUGUGUGGAAGAUAUGAGGUUUGCAGGCUCCUUGUGGAUCGUUUGGUCUCUUCUGGUGCUCAGGGAGGAGGCAGGCGCUGAAACAAUCUCAGGCAAAUCACUCAGUUCUGGACCGAGCACUGUGACGGGACAGAGUGAGGAGGCGCUGAGCCAAGGUCAAUACAGAUGUGUUGAGCCGUCCGAAAGAGGUGCCCAAGAAAACAGAACUGGUCUAUUCUGCAGCCCAAUGUGGGAUGGUUUUCUUUGCUGGAACGAGACACCAGCUGGGGAAUCCGUAACGCAGAAGUGUCCAGAUCACCCUGACCUCAGUGCAACCGAAAAAGUGACCAAAUAUUGUGACAAAUCAGGGAACUGGGUCCAGAAUGGCUCCACUUGUCAAACAGCUUUAAAUGGGAAAACUGAGGAAAUUAAUUUUUUAAAGGAUGCGGCAGGAGAGCAAACCACAGAAUCCGUUUGGAUCAGAACAGAAAAAAUUAUUAUUGAAAAUGAAAAGAAAUGCCUAGAGAAAAUGAAGAAUGAUCCGCCUUAUAAUAAAUCAGGUGGUGUGACAGGACUGCAUUGCGCUAGAAACUGGGAUGGUUGGCUGUGCUGGGACGAUACUCCAGCAGGAAACUAUGCCUCCCAGAACUGUCCUGAGUACUUGGUCAAUUUUGACCACACAGAAAAGGCAACAAAGUACUGUGGAGCAGAUGGACAGUGGUUUCGCCAUCCGGCAAACAAUCAAAUCUGGUCCAACUACACACUCUGUGUGAAAACCAGUGACAUUAGUCUGUGGGCAACUGCACAGUUUUCCAGAGACCCUGAGGUGGAGCUCAUCACUGAGGCCACCGAAAGCCCAGAGGUCCAGCAUAAAGAUCGGGAAAUUGAGCGCAAAAAGAUUCUUGACAAUCAAUACAAAUGCUUUGAGAAAAUGAACCGAGAUCCCCCUUACAACAAAUCAGGUUUGUACUGUAGUCGGAACUGGGAUGGCUGGUUAUGCUGGGAGGAUACGCCUGCUGGAACGUACACGUCCCAAAACUGUCCCAACUAUUUUGAUGACUUCGACCCCACAGAGAAAGCAACAAAGUACUGUGGGGAGGACGGGCAGUGGUUUCGCCACCCAGAUACCAACAGGACCUGGUCCAACUACACACUCUGCAAUGAAAACACAAAGGCAAAGCUAAAGUCAGCUUACAUCCUGUUUUACAUGGCUAUCGUCGGCCAUGCUUUAUCCAUAGCCUCCCUGCUUAUCUCUCUGGCCAUAUUCUUCUACUUCAGGAGUCUAAGCUGUCAAAGGAUCACCCUCCAUAAGAACCUAUUCUGCUCCUAUGUGCUGAACUCUGCCCUCACCAUUAUCUACCUUGUCACCGUGGUCAACAAUCCCAAAGUGGUGGCCAGUAACCCAGUUAGCUGUAAGGUGUUGCACUUCUUCCACAUGUACAUGUUGGGCUGCAACUAUUUCUGGAUGCUCUGCGAGGGAAUCUACCUGCACACACUCAUCGUGGUUGCUGUGUUUGCAGAGGAACAGCAUCUGCACUGGUACUAUCUGCUAGGCUGGGGCUUUCCUCUAGUGCCCGUGUCCAUCCACGCCGUGGCGAGGAAAAAGUAUUUUGAUGACAACUGUUGGAUGAGCGUUGAGACCCAUCUGCUUUACGCAGUCCAUGGACCUAUAGUGGCGGCCCUUCUUGUGAACCUCUUCUUCCUGCUGAACAUUAUAAGGGUGCUGGUAACAAAGUUGAGAGACACUCACCGAGCAGAGUCCAACAUGUACAUGAAGGCAGUGAGAGCCACUCUGAUCUUGGUUCCCCUGCUUGGAAUACAGUUUGUCAUUUUUCCUUGGAGGCCAGAGAACCGUCUGGCUGGUGAAGUCUAUGAGUAUGUCAUGCACAUACUCAUGCACUAUCAGGGAUUGCUGGUGUCAACAAUAUUCUGCUUCUUUAAUGGAGAGGUACAGGGAGCAUUGAAGAGGCAGUGGAUGCAGUACAAAACCCAGUGGGGUCAGCGCAGGAAGGAUCACUGCUCAAUGCGCUCCACGUCUUACACGGCCACCUCCAUCACAGAGGUGCCAGCCUUCAUGUACCACCACGACUGCAACGCCGAGCACCUGAACGGGUGCCACAUGAAAGACUCAGAGCUGGUGGCACUGAAAUCUGGAGAUACUUACGCUUAGAUGACCCUUUAUUUGGAGCGUAACAGGAGAACAUAAGACAAGUCAUAAAAAAGUAAACCUCAUCUCAGUGAAUAAAGCUCAGUUUGUUCAACAUGGGGUGAAUAUAUGGGUUUGGAGACAGAGAGCUCACCAGGAGGGAGGACUAGCUAUGAGACUAAAACCUUUUAUUUACUCUCUUUUUUUAUGUUUCUGCUCCAGCUGCUUUUUUUUUCUUUUCCAAGAACUUUGAUGUCGAGAAUUUGCGGUAUGAGAGGAGAGCUGCUCACGAUGCCUGCCCACUUCCUAAAGCUGCUAUUCCGUGAAGGAACCGACUCACAGAGACAGAGAGGAAAUAAAUGACUGCAGCUGUUUUGCUCUCUGUCUGAUGAUGGUGCAAGAUGUGACAGAAACAAUCGUAGCUGUUCUAACUCUACAUGAUGGAACCAUGAGUAUUAUUAAUAUUAUUACAAUCAAGCAGAGGACCGCAUCAUUCCUAACCUCACCUAUACCAAAGGGUACUGUUUGUCCGUCUCAGCUAUGAGGAUCUUCAAGUGUGUCUUUUGGAGCACAGAAGCAGAAAUUAAUCUCUCCCCAAACACUAUAAGUUAACAAUUCACGGUAGGGGUCACAUUUCUGAGCAGUCUUUUGUGCUUACAACUCUGGAAUUAUGUACAUACGAUCUAUGUUCAAUUCAUUUAAUUUGACAAGUGUUUAAAUGUUUUAAAAGGACUUUAUUCUUCAAUUUCUGUUUGUGUUUUACUUGUUAAUUCCUAACUCUGUGCUACCUGUGUGUCCUGUGAUGCUGCAUUUCCUGAUGGCUUUGUGGUUUCAAAGUUGCUGUUUCUGUACUGAAUAUCACAGGGCUGAGAGGUAAAGAUGCAUAUUGUAGACAGAAAAAUAAAAAGUUAUUAAGGUUUUAUCAGUCA